AUGGUCGCUGACACCGCUUAUUAUGAUGCCUUGGGUGUUCCGCCCACGGCUACCGAGCUUGAGAUCAAGAAAGCCUAUCGCAAACUCGCUAUCACCACCCAUCCAGACAAGAACCCCGGCGAUGAGACCGCGCAUGAACGGUUCCAAGCGAUCGGUGAAGCCUACCAAGUUCUCAGCAAUGAAGAACUUCGAAAGCGCUAUGAUAAAUUCGGAAAGGAGGAAUCCGUGCCUGGUGGUGGCUUCGAGGAUCCCUCCGAGUUCUUCAGCAUGAUUUUCGGUGGCGAGGCAUUUGUGGACCUUAUCGGCGAAAUUUCUCUCAUGAAAGACCUGACCGCAACAAUGGAUAUCACCACAGAACAGAUGGAGGAGGAAGAGCUUGCAGCGGCAGCCGAAGAAAAGCUCAACAUCCACGAUGAAGAAGUGAAGGCUGGUAGAGCUGAUGCUACCGGCACAUCCGCAGCUCACCCGCCAGCUCCGGGCGCCGAGGCAGCUGGUGCCCAUGAGAAGUCCCCUCAGACCUCCGGCGCCAGCACGCCCCGGCCGAGGAUCGGACAGCAGAUGCUGAUGGACCGAUCUGAGGAAGAGGCUCGCAUGGAUGCCGCGGGUCUGUCACAGGAGGAGAAAGAGCUUCGCAAGAAGGAAAAGAAGAAGGGUCUCUCCAAGGAGCAGCAAGAACGCCUUGCGGCCUUCGAGGAGGAGCGGAGAAAGGCCCGCGAAGAACGAGUCAACACCUUGGCAAAUAAGCUGGUUGACCGUCUGAGCGUCUGGACCGAGACCGACAAGAGUGCCGAUGUCACGCGCGCUUUCGAGGAGAAGAUCCGCCUGGAGGUCGAGAACUUGAAAAUGGAGUCAUUCGGUCUGGAGAUCUUGCAUGCCGUUGGUGCUACCUACGUUCAAAAGGGAACUUCUUUCCUCAAGUCCCAAAAGUUCCUUGGUAUCUCCGGGUUCUUCUCCCGUUUGAAGGACAAGGGCACUCUGGCGAAAGAAACCUGGAACACGAUCUCAACCGCGAUUGAUGCUCAGAUGACCAUGGAAGAGAUGGCCAAGUUGGAGGAGCGUGGAGGCGAGGACUGGACUGAUGAGAAGAAAGCCGAGUACGAGAAGAGAGUCACCGGCAAGAUCCUCGCUGCCGCCUGGCGUGGCAGCAAGUUCGAGAUCCAGAGUGUCCUUCGUGAGGUGUGCGAUCAAAUCUUGGGCGACAAGCGAAUUCGUCUGGAGAAGCGCGUGGAGCGUGCUCACGCCUUGGUAAUUGCCGGUAACAUCUACGCAAAGGCCGAGCGCGAUCCCGAAGAAGAGGGUGACUACAUGGCGUUUGAACAGCUCAUGGCGGAAGCCAUGACCAAGAAAGGCAAGGAGGAGAAAAAGAAGAAGAAGGAGAAGAAGCAUGGCCAUGAAUCGCCCGAGCCUGCCCCUGCAGAGGCGGCUGCAUGA